CAUACGUUCGCCGGCAGCUAGUGCAACUAUCCAACAUGUCGGCUACGUCUGUGUUCCCCAUGUGUGUGCGAGCCAGCCGGGGCCUCCUGCGGCUCAGGAGCGGGGCAGCGGGUGCCUCUUCCCCAGCUGUGGUGGAUAUCGUCCGGACACUCUCCACAGAGAAGCCGGCCGCCGGGACAGGCAGUGCGACGGGCGGGCUGGCUCAGGCUAUCCUCCAGGAGAAACUCCAGCAACAGCAGCAGAGUCAGGGCCAGCCGCCUCCUGAGGGAGGUGAGGGAGAAAAAGAGGGGGAGCAGACGGAUGAUAAGAAGCAGAAGGAGAACACGGCCUAUGCUAAGAAGAUAGUUCUUCGGCUGGCCGGGCUCAUGGGACUCGGUGGAACGGUUGGCAUGGUCUACAUUUUUGGCACCAAUUCAGUGGACGAACAAGGGAACCCGAUUCCAGAUGAGUUUGACCGAGAUCCUCCAGUCGUCCAACAGCUGAAAAGAACUUUCAAAUACUUUCAAGACUACAGACAGAUGAUCAUCGAGCCGACGAGCCCGAAGUUGCUGCCUGACCCUCUGAAGGAGCCAUACUACCAACCUCCCUACACGCUGGUGCUGGAGCUCACCGACGUCCUGCUGCACCCGGAGUGGUCGUUGUCCACAGGCUGGAGGUUUAAGAAACGUCCAGGCAUUGACUAUCUGUUCCAGCAGCUCGCUCCACUCUACGAGAUCGUCAUCUUCACAGCAGAGACUGGCAUGACAGCGUAUCCUCUCAUCGACAGCAUCGACCCUCAGGGUUUCGUCAUGUACCGACUCUUCAGAGACGCCACUCACUACAUGGAGGGACAUCAUGUUAAGGACGUGUCGUGUUUGAACCGGGACACCAGUAAAGUCAUUGUGGUGGACUGUAAGCGGGAGGCGUUCAAGCUGCAGCCCUUUAACGGCAUGGCUCUGAAAAAGUGGGAUGGAAACUCAGAAGACCGAACGCUCUAUGACCUUGCCAACUUCCUUAAGACCAUCGCUCUCAGCGGGGUGGAGGACGUCCGCUCAGUGCUCGAGAACUACGCUCUGGAGGAGGACCCCAUCGAGGCAUUCAAGCGCAGACAGGCUCAGCUGGCACAGGAGGAGGAGCAGCGCCUGGCUGAGCUCUCCCAGCAGAAGAAACAGGGACUCUCCCUCGGCUCUAUCGCCUCACGGUUCUGGCGCAAACAGCAGUGAGCCCCGCCCCCUUCACACUUACACCAAUGGCAGCCCGGCUCUCCAUCUGUGUCCAGGUGAAGUGAGGGAGCGGAAACGAGAGGGGGAGGAGGGGGGAGCGGGCCCUGCCGCCAAUCAUGUCUCGAUGAGCGGGUCUGCUGUGCUCGGACAUUGGCCAGCCUCUGCACCAAUAAGAGAAGCACUUCCUGGUGUUUUAGAGGCGGGGCUUCGACAGCCCCCUCCUUGGGUCAUCUUGCUGUCACCUGAUGUUUUGAAGCUGCUGAUUGGUUAAUAAGUAAACACAUGAGAGAGUGAGAGAGAUCCAGGUCAGAGCAGACUCUUGUUGUUGGCGGUUGGAGCCUGAACUGAGAUCAGUGCCUCUAUCGCAACUCCGGCUCUGGUCGGCCCACCGCCCGCAGGAUCUGACCCGGGAUCAGAGACGCCUCCAGAAAGUUUGUUUUAUUUUCUACUCCUCUAUGUCUCUCAGACUGUGCUACUGGGCUGCUGCAGACCGUGUCAACGUGAUGAAUACUGUUUAUAAAAAAUAAAAGAAACAAUCCAUA